GGCAGACCGUGCAGAAAAACAUUUUCGAACUGUUCAGAAGAUAUCCCUGACUCCUGAUGAUGGGCAGCUGCACUUGACGUGCUACAGAAGGUACAGGCAAUCGUUUCUGGGCUGGUGAAACAGGCGAGGGCUGCAUGUGACAAGACACUGGAUGGCAUGAAGAUUGCUCAGAGCCACCCACCCAUCAAUGUGCCCAUGUGCUUUGGGUGAGAAAUGAGUAAAAUCACUUGAGGCCGGCAAGCUCUCGCUAAGCGCUAGGAGAUAGGUCAGAUAGGUACAGUGCAUUUCUGUUGGAUUGUAGCUUUUCUUGAGGAAUCCUAUGCUGAUUUUCCGUCUCUUCGAAGAUACCCGACAUAAUGGCCCAAUGGCAGAAAGACAGCAUGUAAGUCUUUCAGCGAGUGUCAGGCAGUAAACCAUCUUAGGUGCAGUAAAAUGCAUAGCGUGCCAUUUUCAUUCUAUCCCCUUGAGAGCAGGCGAGAACAGAGGAGGCUUGCUCUCUGAGCGUCUACCGAAGCCAGCAACGCUUUGCAAGCCGAUCAUGCACGAAAGGCCAUGCUUUGAGACACCCACAGAAGUGCAUUGCAGAGAAGCGCAACGCAGCAAAGUUUACAGCUAUGGCUGGUGCUGUUUGAAAGCAUUUUGUGUUGUGGUUCAGAAGGCAAGAGAGCUGUGGCAGCAAUUAGCUCUGCACACUCUUCUACACCCUGCUGCACUUCUGCACAAGAAACUCCCUUUGGUGUCAUUCUUGGCUUUGGGUCCUCCACUGAAGAACACAUUGAUUCGUGAAGUGAGUAUUGAGGCAAGAUUUUGCAUUGUUCACGCAGAUUCUGGCUUCCAGUUAGUGCUAUGUAGCAUGUUCAUUCAACAAGCGAUGGCUCGUAGAGCUUUCACAAGUGCUGUCAAAAGUGCACACUGCCUGUUUACAGGCUUGAAGGCAGGCGAGAGCAACGGAGGGGUGUGGCGCUUCGACACCAGCGAGCUUUGGCAAGGCACACUGGACUUCGGACGGAGUCUAAAUGCGACCGCCAGAUCAGAUGUCAGCCUUAUCCAAUAAAUCUCGGAUGGGUUUGCAAACAAGAACUCCUGCCUGGUGACAGGUUUGGGAUCCAUGGAUAAAGGUUUGCAACCGGCGAAAAGCGUGUUAGCUUCCAAUUCUUAUCGCUGGUGUAGCUCUUGAUGUGACCCA